CCUGGCUGAUCGGGCGAAGAAGAAGCCCUUUCCCCGGCGAGGCUAGCUAUGGCACCGGCGGGGAUCCAGCGAGCGGCUUCGCUCUGGUUCUUUCUGGGCGCCUCCUGGGUCUGGCUGGGUUUCCCGAUGGGCGCAGCAGGAUUGGCUGAUGGUGCUCAGAGGCCUGUCGGUGAUGUUGAUCAUCAAGGCUUCAAUAUUCUCUUCGUGAUUGCGGAUGACUUGCGUCCCGUCUUGGGGUCUUACGGGGACUCCCUGGUGAGAUCACCCAACAUUGAUCAGCUGGCCUCCAGGAGUGUGGUGUUCCAGAAUGCUUUUGCGCAGCAAGCUGUCUGUGCCCCAAGCAGGGUCUCCUUCCUCACAGGCCGCAGACCUGAUUCCACCAGGCUGUACGACUUUAACUCGUACUGGCGAACCCACGCAGGAAACUACACCACCUUGCCGCAGUACUUCAAGGAGAACGGCUACAUCACCGUGUCCAUUGGGAAGAUUUUUCACCCAGGCAUCUCCUCCAACCACAGUGACGAUUAUCCGUACAGUUGGUCUUUUCCAGCUUUCCAUCCAUCUUCUGAAAAAUACGAAAACACGAAGGUUUGCAAAGGCAAAGACGGAAAGCUCCAUGCUGACUUGAUCUGCCCUGUGGAUGUUGCCGAGAUGCCCGAGGCGACUUUGCCAGAUAUCCAGAGCACCGAGGAGGCCAUCCGUUGGUUGAAGACUCUGAAAAGAAUCAAGAGGAAGUUUUUUCUGGCUGUCGGCUAUCAUAAGCCCCACAUCCCGUUCAGAUUCCCUCGGAAAUUUCUCAAAUUGUACCCGUUGGAGAAUGUCACCUUGGCUCCCGAUCCAGCAGUUCCUAAAAAACUUCCUUCCGUCGCUUACAAUCCCUGGAUGGACCUGCGGAAGAGAGAGGACGUUGUGGCUUUGAACCUCAGUUUCCCUUACGGGCCUGUUCCAGAACACUUCCAGCGGAAAAUUCGCCAGAGUUAUUUUGCCUCCAUUUCCUAUGUCGAUACGCUGGUGGGAAAGUUGCUGAAUGCCCUGGAUGAGACACAGCUAUCUCACAACACAGUGGUGGUUUUCACCGCAGAUCACGGCUGGUCGCUGGGCGAACAUGGCGAGUGGGCGAAAUACAGCAACUUCGACGUAGCUACACGAGUGCCGUUGAUGUUCUACGUGCCAGGAGUGACAACUCCGAUCUCUGAUCCGGGACAGAAAGUUUUCCCAUUCAUGGAUCCCUUCGCUCAAGAUUCCUGCUCUGGGCUCCAAGGAAAACCCAAAGAAAUGGUUGAGUUGGUGUCCCUCUUCCCAACGCUUGCAGAACUGGCUGGACUGACCAUUCCUCCUGCUUGCCCUCAGCCUUCCUUUCACGUCCCUCUUUGUAGUGAAGGAAAGAGCUUGGUUCGGUACUUCCGGUCCUCCGGUGGAGGGAUGGAGAACCAUGGUUCCAAACGAAAAGAAACCCCCGUUGCCUUCAGCCAGUAUCCGCGACCCGGUGACACCCCUGCACCGAAUUCUGAUUUGCCGUUACUUCAAGAUAUAAGAGUCAUGGGCUAUUCCAUCCGUACGGCCGAUUACAGGUGUACUGUCUGGUUUGGCUUUAAUCCCAGCAACUUCACAAUCGACGUGAAGGACAUCCACGGGGGAGAGCUGUAUUUUGAAAAAAGCGAUCCCAACGAAGAUCAUAACCGGUACAACGAAGUCCUGCCUGGAUCCCCCGUUCCAAAGCUUUGCCAUCUCGUCGAUUAUUUGAAACUGGGAUCCACUUCAAUUCAGUGAGCCUCUGCUAAGGAAUUGACCUCCACCUGGCUUGUAUAUACGUCAUGCUUUGUGUUAUACACAAAGACGCCUCCAAGAAUGACCGUUUUUGUAUCAAAAGGUUUUAAAUGCUGAUAUUAGAAUAAAUUUGAAGAUGUAUGCGCUCCUUAAAAGAAA